AUGACUGGCCCCAACAAUGUUGAGGUUUCGAAGCGCAUUCGCGCAGCGAUUAAAGCGAAGUUGGAAGAAUUGGGUGUAUAUGUUGAUGAAGAACUGCCUGAUUAUAUAAUGGUUAUGAUCGCAAAUAAAAAAGAAAGAAAUCAUAUGAAACACGACCUUCUUCUAUUUCUGUCCAAUAAUACUUCGGCAUUUGUUGAUUGGCUCUUUGACACACUAGAACGUUUACAAUCAGCAGCAAUUGCACCGCAUCAUGUUGAGAAAUCUUCAUCAAAGACUAGCAGUUUAGAAAGUGGAACUCGAAAAGAAACGACUGUAACAUGGGAAAUUCUUCAAAGUAUGAAACAUGGAGAUUCCGAAAAGCGAUAUGAAUAUAAGGAGGAGAAGGAAAUGAAAACGAAAAAAGCGAAUAAAGAAUCGGAGAAGAGGAAAAGUCGAGAAUGUAAAGAUAGUGAUAGAGAGGCGAAAGUUGUUAAGUCUAAGGUCUUCAUAUUUCCUCAAACAAUUUUUUUAUUUAUGAAUUAUCAGCCUUCAAACAAAGAAAAAUCAUCCAGACGCCGAACCCACGAAAGAAUUGAAUAUUCCAGUGCAGAACGAUCUUUAAGAAAUCGUCAUUCGAGUCUUCGAGAUAAUGAUAAUAAAAUUACAAUUAGCAACAAACAAAAAGUGAUUGCUGAUGAUAAAUAUGGUAACAGCGAAUCUGAUUCGAAAAAACGGAUUAAUAAGAGUACAUCUAAGAAAGAAAGUGUGUCUGAUACAAGCACAAAGUCUGAAAGGAACCUUGCUUGUGGUUAUGCUGGGCAGAAUUUCACGUCAAAUAAUGAAGUAAUGACAUCGAGAAAAAGAAAAUCAUUAUAUUUAAAAAGUUCCGCCUAUACUUCUCCAUUUGAAUCAGAAAGCGAUGAACAAGUUGUAGAUAUAGAUUCGGAGAACGAUCUAUGCAAUAAGAAGGUACAGUCUUCUGCAGUAGCCAGAUUACCCAAAACAACUACACCAAAGACUGUUGUCUCUCAGGUCGUUGUAAAACGGAAGAUUCCAGAAAAAGAUAAUUCAAAACAAGCAAGGGGCGGAAAGAUGUUGUUUUUAAAGGCUAUUGAAGAGGCUAACGCCACUACUCGCAUUCCCAGUCAUUUUGGGACUGGAACAGCAUCGCAUUCAAGAGCUGUUGGAGAAUCUAAACCUGUUACUACUCGCAUUCCCAGUCAUUUAGGGACUGGGUCAAUAUCGCAUUUUAGAGCUGUUGGAGAAUCUAAACCUGUCUCAAAUCUUGCUGUAGAAGAAGAAGCUAUCGAAAUCGAUAUUUAUGAUGAUUUGGAUUUGUUGCCUGAAGCCGAUAAAUAUGAUAUGUCUUGCAGUAUUGAUAAAAGUCCUCUUGGCUGCUUCAGUGAAGAAGAAGCAGAUCAUAAUUCCUGUGCGAAGAAAAGAAAAUUGGAGUCGGUAGAGUGCGUUAAGAAGGAAGGAAAUUUUGUUAUCACUUUACAAGGCUCUGAUAGGCGUGUUUCAAAAAUACCUGAUGGAUCUGAUUUAUCUACUAAUACACAGUUAAAGACUCGUAGGCAACGAAAUGGGAAUCCAAACUCUGCAUUUCUGAAUUUAUCAUCAGUUAUGAAACAGACGUCAGCAGUCAGCGAAUGUUUUACUUCUGGAGUUCGAAGACGAGAUGAAAUUGUGAUGGAAUACAGCACUACAGAAAACAGCGACAAUGAUAAAAAUAAUGAAGUCCAACAGGCCAACGAAAGUGGGCUUGAAGUCGACGAAUUCAUAUCUGCUGUUUCAAAAAGUUCAGAAAAUACUCCUCUUUGGGAUGGUCAAAUUCAGUUGGAAGAAGAAGAUAGUAGUGAUGAUGAAGCGGCGAUUGAUGCAGUCCUUGCCAGUAUGAAUGCUGCAGUCGCUCAAACAGAGGUAAAAGCAAAGAGCUUUGGAAUAAAUAAUGAAAAAUUGAUGGAACGUUGCAAAUUUUGGCCGAAAUGCCGGCUUGGUGAUUCUUGUUUGUACAUUCAUCCUUGUAGGCCGUGCAGGUUAAAUUCCUCAGUGGAUAAUCUACCUGAAUCUUCGAGCAUAGUAUCAGCGAAUACUUCAUUGAAUGCUUUAAUACCAUGUAAAUAUGGUGGAAAUUGUACAAAUGCUCAGUGUAUAUAUAAGCAUCCAAAAGCAUGUAGAUUUGGCAUCUACUGUACGAGUAGCAAUUGUUAUUUCAGACAUCCCAAUCAGUUUUCAACCAGCCGUUCUCCUUCAUCAGUUGACAAAUAUAAAUGGAAAGCUCCAACGGAUCCAAAUAUUUUUACUGAUCCUAUUGUCGAUUAA